UUAAAGAAUGUACUCUAAGUUCAUUAAAUAAAAUUUUUAAAACAUAAUGACACCAAAAAAAAUGUUAAUAUUGUGGAUUUAAGUAUUUUCAGGGUAUUUGGAAAAACGUCCCCUUAAAAUGGCAAGUUGCUGUCCGUGCGGCGGCCCCGGCAGCCCGGGCAGCUCAGCGAAGUCAAACCUGCCUCUCAUCUGUCUCGUCCCACGUGAUGGGGGUCCCAAGAACAGUCCAAACCCUCUGCCUACACCAGCCACAACCAGUAGAGCAACAGACCAUUUCCAGCUUCUCGAUGAGGACUACAUCAAGAAACAUUUCAAAUUGCCAGAACGGGCUCUAUACUUGGACCCUUUCAGGCGACCACUCAUAACGUUUCCAAUGGCCCAAGAUGAAGUAAAGCACUUCAACCUGGCGAGAAAGUACAAGAUUAACCAACAAAUUUUGGACGGAUUCCUAGACCCAAGCGCAGCGAUUUCUGCUCCUAGUGUUUUCCCAUACGCAAAAACCGAAGCAGAAAAACAAAAAGAGGCAGAGGAAGACGAGGAAAUCAUUUACAUCUUGCAGCUUCCCGAUUGGGAGUUCCAAUGCCCCGUUCACAAUCAGACCAUUAGGACUCCGAGGUUUAUAUGGCAUUCGUGUAAAAAGACCAAAGGUAAGGGAGCCGAACAGAAACGUGGAGGAGGGCCAUUAAACAAACCUAAGCCAUGGUUGCUAAGCAGACACACGGAUUUCGAUUUGCUGUCGCAAUGGUAAUAGGUACAAGGCUGUUCAUCAUUGAGUCUGUUCACCCUGAAUUUAAAAAAAUGAGAUGGAAAAAAUCCUAUAACUUACUAAAAUAAAGUUUAAAAUGAU